AGUUAAAAAUUAGCUUGCCCUCUUUUCUGCCCCUGACCAUCAUGGUUUCCACGGCGUCGAUCACGUGACGUCCUCGCACUACGGCGCGGGAGAGGGGUUAAGAGGACCCUUGAAGGGUGCGCGUUCCCGUGCCUGUGCACCCGGUAGGUUUCAGUCAGAGUCACUAUGGCGGCGGGCGCUGGCAAGGUCGGAAAGUUUCCUGCCUCGCCUGGCACUGCUUGAGCGUGUCCCACCCGCCGAGAGUGGUGGAGGCUGGGGCGGGCUCAGCCCGGGGCCUCCAGGCCUCUCCCCGAACCUUCGGGCCAGCCUCCCUCCCCCACCUCUUCGUCCGCCUGGAGCUGGGGCUGCUGUCCCUGAGAUGCGACCCUCGCUGGGGCGACCCUGAGAAGAGGCGGCCGGUGUGCUGACCAGUAGCCAAGAGCCCAGGGAUCAACUUCUUGCGGGCGGAGACCCCCGAGUCUCCCCUGGGUCGCGCCUAGCUCGUUCAGCACCGGCCUGCUGAGCCGAAUCCCCGCCCUGGUCGCGGGCACGCCCGCCAGGUGCCCGGGAAUCCCUACACGGCCGCUCCCCGCGCCCCCGCGGGUCCCUGCACCCGGUGCCAAAGACCCCAGCCACCGCCGCCUCGGCUUGUGCCAGCCGAAUUUCCCCUGCCAGCUCCUGGCGGCCUCCGCGCUUCUGGGGCAAUGCAGACUGUCCCGCUGGCGGUCUAGACCCCUUCGGACCGUUUUGACCCUUCCGCUUCUGAGACCCUAGAGGACGGGUGGUGGCUGCCGGCUACACCGCCCUUCGCUCCGAAGGGACCUUCACGGCCGCAUAGAACUGACCCUUCCUUCAUGCUGCAGUGCUGCAACAUUUCCGCCACCGAAGGGGGAAAAGCGGCCGCGAUCCCAAACAAAACACAAGAAUUGGUGUGUGACUCAUCUGCUUGGAUACCUCCAGUUCCCAAACUGUCUUCCAGGAGUUUUCUUGGCUGAAGCUGUCCGAUGUUUGAGCCUUUUCUUCCCAGGGUAGAAGAUGGACUGAAAGCUGCCAGUUGGAGACUUUUUGUGAUCAGGGCCCUGCUGGGUUUUAAAGAAGGUGAUGGGGGUUGUACUGGCUUGUCUUCCCACUCAAGUGAAGAGUUGUUGAUGUUCACUGGUUAUGCUUAGACAAUGCGCAGUUUGUUUUAAUAUAAAAUUUUGGGGGGGACAGGGGUAUAGGCUUGUGACGGGCAAUCCGGAUCCGGUGGAACCCCUCUUUGUCCCUUGGUAGGAGAGACACCCCAGUCUGUCCUCGAUGCCGUCAGCCUUGGCCAUCUUCACUUGCCGCCCGAACUCGCACCCGUUUCAGGAGCGUCAUGUCUACCUGGACGAGCCCAUUAAGAUCGGCCGCUCCGUGGCCCGCUGUCGACCUGCGCAGAAUAAUGCUACCUUUGAUUGCAAAGUGCUGUCAAGGAACCAUGCUCUCGUCUGGUUUGAUCACAAGACGGGCAAGGUAAAGUGACUACAUUUUUUACUCCAAGACACUAAAAGUAGCAAUGGUACUUUUAUAAAUAGCCAGAGAUUGAGUCGAGGCUCUGAAGAAAGUCCACCAUGUGAAAUUCUUUCUGGUGACAUUAUCCAGUUUGGGGUUGAUGUGACGGAGAACACACGGAAAGUUACCCAUGGCUGUAUUGUUUCCAAUAAACUUUUUCUACCAGAUGGUAUGGAAGCCCGACUCCGCUCAGAUGUCAUCCAUGCUCCAUUACCAAGUCCUGUUGACAAAGUUGCUGCUAACACUCCAAGUAUGUACUCUCAGGAACUAUUCCAGCUUUCUCAGUAUCUACAGGAGGCCUUACAUCGUGAACAGAUGUUGGAACAGAAGUUAGCCACACUUCAGCGGCUACUAGCCAUCACUCAAGAGGCUUCUGAUACCAGCUGGCAGGCUUUAAUAGAUGAAGAUAGACUCUUAUCACGAUUAGAAGUCAUGGGAAACCAAUUACAGGCAUGCUCCAAAGUAGAAUCAACAGAAGAUAGUUUACGGAAAGAACUCAUAGCAUUACAAGAGGAUAAACACAACUAUGAGAUGACAGCCAAAGAGUCCCUGAGGCGGGUUCUUCAGGAGAAAAUUGAAGUGGUUAGGAAACUUUCAGAAGUUGAGGUAUUUCAAUUUAGCAAAUCAAAUACCGAAGAUGAAUGUACCCAUCUGAAAGAAAUGAAUGAACGGACUCAGGAAGAAUUAAGAGAAUUAGCCAAAUAUAAUGGAGCAGUUAAUGAGAAAGAUUUAUCUGAUAAAUUGAAGGUAGCAGAGGGAAAACAAGAGGAAAUCCAACAGAAAGGACAAGCUGAGAAAAAAGAAUUACAACAUAAAAUAGAUGAAAUGGAAGAAAAAGAACAGGAGCUCCAAGCAAAAAUAGAAGCUUUACAAGCUGAUAAUGACUUCACCAAUGAAAGGCUAACAGCUUUACAAGUACGGUUAGAACAUCUUCAGGAGAAAACUCUUAAAGAAUGCAGCAGCUUAGGGAUACAAGUUGAUGACUUCUUACCUAAAAUAAAUGGGAGCACAGAAAAAGAGCACUUGCUUUCAAAGAGUGGCGGGGACUGCACUUAUCAUCAAUUCAUAGAAUGCCAGAAGAAGCUGAUCGUCGAGGGGCAUCUAACCAAAGUGGUAAGAAGAAAACAAAGCUUUCAAAAGAAAACCAGGCAAAGAGCAAAGGAUUCUGAUUUAUCAGAUACUCUGAGUCCAAGCAAGGAAAAAAGUAGCGACGACACUACAGAUGCCCAAAUGGAUGAGCAAGACCUAAAUGAACCACUUGCUAAAGUAUCCCCUAUUAAAGAUGACUUACAGGGUGCACAGUCAGAAAUUGAGGCAAAACAAGAAAUUCAGCAUCUUCGCAAGGAAUUGAUUGAAGCCCAGGAGCUAGCUAGAGCAAGUAAACAAAAAGGCUUUGAACUUCAAGAUGUACUAUGUUUUACUUUCAGCUCUUUGGAAGAAGAAAGAAAAGCUUAUCGAAAUCAAGUUGAGGAAUCCACUAAACAAAUACAGCUUCUUUAAGCCCAGCUGCAGAGGUUACACAUCAAUAUUGAGAAUCUUCGGGAAGAGAAGGACAGUGAAAUCACAAGCACUCGAAAUGAAUUGCUUAGUGCCCGAGAUGAAAUUUGCUUCUUAUCAGCAGCAGAAAAGGCUGCCUCUGAACGAGACACUGAUAUUGCUUCUUUACAAGAAGAGCUUAAGAAGGUGCGAAGUGAGCUUGAGCGGUGGCGGAAAGCAGCGUCUGAGUAUGAGAAAGAAAUCACAAGCCUGCAAAACAGUUUUCAGCUUCGAUGUCAACAGUGUGAGGACCAGCAGAGAGAAGAAGCAACAAGGCUACAAGGUGAACUAGAGAAGUUGAGAAGGGAAUGGAAAAUAUUGGAAACUGAAUGCCAUUCUUUAAAAAAGGAAAGUUUGCUAUCAUCAGAACUGCAACGGCAAGAAACAGAAUUGCACAAUUCUCAAAAGCAGAGUUUAGAGCUUACCAGUGAUCUCAGCACCCUUCAGAUGACUAGGAAAGAGCUUGAGAAUCAAAUGGGAUCCUUGAAAGAACAGCAUCUUCAGGAUUCAACUCAUUUAAAAACUCUUCUCAGUAAGGCUGAAAACCAAGCAAAGGAUGUACAGAAAGAGUAUGAAAAGACACAGACUGUACUCUCAGAACUGAAGUUGAAGUUUGAAAUGACUGAGCAGGAAAAACAAUCAAUCACAGAUGAGCUCAAACAAUGUAAAGACAACCUGAAGCUGCUCGGAGAGAAAGGAAAUAAUAAACCCUGGCCCUGGAUGCCCAUGUUGGCUGCCCUGGUUGCAGUAACAGCCAUCGUGCUGUAUGUGCCAGGUCUGGCCAAAGCUUCUCCAUGAGAGCGUUUCUUGAGUCCGUACACCGUCCUCCCUCUAGAAGCUGGCAUCACACUUGUGCUGGGGACAAACAGAACAAUUUUCUUCCUUUUUACCUCUUAAAAACAGCAGAAGUGCAAGAAUACAGCUGUAGGGUCAUUGCUUUAAAUUAUAUAAAAUGUGUCUGUCUAUAAAGAGAAUGUAAAAUUGUGACUUUAUUGUAAGCAAUGAUUUGCUUGCAAUUUUUCAUGUAAUUUUUAAAUUAGUAUGUUGAGAUUCUGAAUAUUACGGUGGCCUAAAGUAGGCUUCUUGGUACACCAAAUUAUUUAUAACAUUAAAUUUAUGGGUAUUUUACUCUGAAUUCUAAUGACAAAUAACUCAUUUUUCUGAUUCGAUAACUACCCAAAACCAAACAAUCAAUACAUACAUGGGAAGAGAGGCCCUGUGUGCUCAGUGCCUAUCGGUUUGAAAUAUAUACAUAUAUAUAUUUUUUACAUAUUUACGCCAUUUUUACUUGUUAUAAAACCACUGAGCUAUUGGGAACAAGACUUAGAGACAACUCUUUGCGUGAAUUUUUUUUUUAAAGAAAAAUAAUACACUUGGAAAAUAUCCUGUUCUAGUGAUAAUUUGGGGAAUUUGUGCACGCUUGUUUCAGCCUUAAUGUGACUUGAUGAUGUGGAGGACAUCAACUUUGAAAAACUUUCCAUGAGAGUGUGUAUUUUCUUGAGCAAACUGAAGUAUUCCUGGGAGCAAAAACAUAGUAAUUAUAUAACUUCAGUGCAGUAAACCAAACUGUUGAGUCAAUUGGAAUGUAAUUUAUUAAACCUCAUAUAUUUAAGAGAUAUUUUCUUUAAAAGUUACUUUUUCAUAUACAACAUUUUAGGAAGCAUGAUUUUUUUUCUAUCAUCUCUUCCUCCAAAGCAUGUUUAAUUGAAAGAAUAUCUCUUUAGAUAAGCUUUUACUGACUUAAUUUGAUUAUGAUAUUUCAAAGCUAAUUCAUGUUCAAGGUAAGCUGUUAACCAUCAGCAGGUUUCCUGGUUGGGUAUGCAAAUGGUUGUUUUCUUUUCUUUGUUAAUUAAGGUGUUCUGUUAAUGAGAAGCACUAUUCCCAAGAUUAAUAGUGUUCCAUGCACAGUGAAGCACCUAAACACUGCUUGAUAUCAUCAAUUUAAAACACAGAAGUGGUUUUGUGCAGCACCACAGUUAUGUCAAUAAAGUUUAUUUAGAUCAUAGAAUAUCCUAAAGUAUCUCAUAGAAAUUUUUCAGCUAAUGAAGACUGGGAGGGAAUGUCAGUGAACUGGCUCAAAUGUUCUGUAGCAAUCCACAGGCCUAGCCAAAUAUUGAAAUAGAAGUUUAGGAUAUAAUUUGCCUUGUGAUCUUUGGCAGUCAUUGUUUAUACUUUAAAGGUUAUAUUUUAAGCUAUGUGGGAUUUGCUGUUGGGAGGAUCACUAGAGUUAUGGAGGAAUUAGUCACAGAUGACUUGUAGAAAAAUACUGUCAUAUAUGGUUCAUUUCAUCAUUUUCUGUUGCAGGAAGCCACUCUACCACAGAAUGCUAAUACGCCAGUGGUACCCAGUACCUCUUGUAUAGGUUAUUGCAAAUAUUGUUCUGAAGUGCUUAACUUCAGAAUUACAUUUUUUAAAGUAAAUAAUUGUUUUAAAUCUAUUUUGUAAAGAUAUAAAGUACAAUAGAAUUUCUGGAGUACAGAUUAAACUAUUUGCACUAACUCACGUGAUGUGCAUGAUUUAAUAAAACAACUUUACUCUCCCUAUGCA